UCUUUGAAAAGUCGGUCUUGUCUCUGCUGGUUGGGUUCUCAGGCUUUUUCACGUCAUUUUGUCUUUUUACGGUGGUUAUUUGGACUCGAGACUUGGUGGGAUUGUUAGUGAUGGGGUAUCUGGGAAUGGCCUGUCACAACAUAAACUCGCAUUGAAAUACCAACGAAAUGUCUUCCGACGAGGAGAACGACGAAAUCCAGGAUCUCGAGAAGAUUCGUGACAAGUUCAUGAGUCUGCCUCAAAGUGAGAGGAUGCAGGUUAGUGCCUGGGAGGAUGACAACGAUGGAAUCGACUCACAACGGAAUCCUAAAGAUGCCGACGCCAGGGGAAUCCUAGUGGCUGCAGAGAAGGGCCACGCCGAGAGACUAGCCAUUCUCCUGGACAAAAAUCCAGCCCUGAUAAGCGUCACAGACAAGGAUGGGUACACACCCCUUCACCGGGCUUGUUACGGAAAUCACGUGAAUAUAAUUGAAUAUCUGCUGCUGAGAGGUGCCAAAAUCGACGCGAAAACAAUCGAUGGCUGGGAGCCCCUGCACUCCGCCUGCUGCUGGAACAACGUAAAUAGUAUUUCCAUGCUCGUCUCCAACGGUGCCAACGUAAACGCAGUGACAAACGGAGGCCAAUCCCCCCUUCACUUAGUUUCAGCAAGUUCCCACAACUCCCCAGCCCUUCAAUUUCUCCUCCUCCACCCGGACACCAACAAGACAUUAGUGAAUUCCAGUGGCGACACUCCACAAAUGAUCGCCACGAGAACAGGAAAGUACUAUCCAAUAUUCGAGAUGAUAGAGCCAUGCUUGAACGAAAUAUAAAGUGCCUCCCCCACUCGCCUACUUCAUCCAUAAAAAAUGUGAUAAAAGAGAGUGAAUGGUUAUUUUUUCGAUUAAAAAACUAUUUAUUCAUUUAUUGGAAUUUCAUAUUAAAAAAUAUUUCAUCACCAGUAAUGAGGAAACAUUGUUUCAAUAGUUACAAUUGCUACAUAUGGACAUAUCGUACAGUAUAAAAAAUAUAAUAAUCAGAGUAUUAAAUCUAUCACUAGAAGCAUCACGAGUAUUGCUAAAUAGGAAAUUAUAAAAUAAUACUAUUGUACAUGAAAUCUUUGUUCACAGUUUAAAGAUAUCUCAUUCCACAAUAUUUUUUUUCACUUCACUUAUUCGGUAUUAAUCAUUUAAAAUAAUCAACGAUUCGUUGGAAAUUACACUUUGGCUCGAUAUAAUUCAGAUACAAAUAUUAACAAUUAAUCAGUACGUGAUUGACUCACUUGUAAAAAUAUAUGGCUCUGGGGCUGAUAAUGCGAUUGAUCGUGUGGCUUGUAAAAUUGUUAAUAAUGUCGAUUGUAAUGAUAAAAUAACGUAUGAUUAUACAUUGAGAAAUAUCACGAAA